CCAUCACUCAUCAGUCCUGUCUGUCACUCGUCACAAGUGAGUAACGGUUAAGGCUCUGCCGCCGGUGCCUCCCCUUCCUGCCGGCUCCUGUUUCGCACAGCCAUCCGCUCCGCUGCUCCCCAGAGGACACACCUCUCCGCUUCCUCUCUUCUCUCCUCUCCUCUCCUCAAGGAUGAAGCUCGCUCGCCCGCCGAGGAUGAGAUGAGAGGCUGGGCCACCGCCGGCAGAGGAACAAGAGCCCCGCCAACCGCCACACCGCAAGCGAGACGAGGAGGGGGGAGAUGGGGAACUGCGGCACGCGGGAGGAGAAUGCCGUCGUCGCCGCGCACGCGCAAGUUCAGCAAGUCCACUUGUUACAACAGUCCGACAAGAAUGCUCUUGCAGAUAGGAAGCACACCCGCACCUCAUCAGAUGUGAGUGACCCUCCAACACCUAGGAAAAUCGAAGAUGCCAAGAACAUUUCCAUAUACAACAAUGUGAUUGCAUUCACGUUGUUUGAGCUUGAAACAAUCACAAAGAGCUUUCGGGCCGAUUAUGUUCUUGGAGAAGGAGGCUUUGGGACUGUUUACAAGGGUUACAUAGAUGAGAAUGUCAGGGUUGGCCUGAAAUCACUGCCUGUUGCCGUCAAGGUGCUCAACAAAGAUGGACAUCAAGGGCACAGAGAAUGGCUCACUGAGGUUAAUUUCUUGGGGCAGCUAAAACAUCCAAACCUAGUAAAGUUGAUUGGAUAUUGCUGUGAAGAUGACCACAGGCUGCUUGUCUAUGAGUUCAUGUUUCGAGGAAGUCUGGAAAACCACUUGUUUCGAAAGACAGCUACUCCGUUACCCUGGGCAACUAGGAUGUCUAUUGCACUGGGAGCUGCCAAAGGGUUGGCUUGUCUCCACAAUGCUGAAAGGCCUGUUAUCUACAGGGAUUUCAAGACCUCAAAUAUUCUGCUGGACUCUGAUUAUACUGCUAAACUGUCAGACUUUGGCCUGGCAAAAGCUGGCCCAGAAGGUGAUGAGACCCAUGUAUCAACACGGGUGAUGGGAACAUAUGGUUAUGCCGCCCCUGAAUAUGUGAUGACUGGUCACUUGACAGCUAGAAGUGAUGUCUACAGCUUUGGUGUGGUCCUUCUGGAGCUCCUGACAGGGCGGAAGUCCAUCGACAAAUCCAGGGCAAGCAGGGAGCACAGCCUGGUUGACUGGGUUCGCCCCAAGCUGAGCGACAAGAGGCGGCUUCACCAAAUCAUCGACCCAAAACUGGAGGGACAGUAUUCAGUGAGAGCAGCUCACAAGGCCUGCAGCCUUGCAUACUACUGUCUGAGCCAGAACCCCAAGGCCAGGCCCCUGAUGAGCGAUGUCGUAGAGACGCUCGAGCCAUUGCAGAGUGGCGGUGGGAGCGAUGGAGCCGUUGUUCAAGCCGGCGGCCUCCCUGACUAUAGAGUUCGCCGCGGCCUGACCGGAAACAGCGUCCACUGCAGGGCCAUUCCCAACCCCAAGUGCUCCCCUGCCGUGCCAGCAUGCAGGGUGAGGUGAUAACAGCUUCUGCAGUUUCAGGUUCAUCAUACCCACUGCUGCAAUAGGCCCAGUUGUACAUUGCAAGCUUUUCCGAUGUGUAGAUUUGAUCCGCGUGCCACUGUCGUUUUUCGUUUCUGCUGCUUGUAAGGCCCCUCUAAUUUUCUCGGGGGUGGCCUUAAGGUAUCCUUGAACAGAGCGAUCCCCGCCGAAACCGACGGGUUUGAAUCCCUGGAAAUGAAAUGCCGAACCAAGAGUGGUUGGUUGGCAAAUGGUAUGGAACUAUGGAAGUUAUGUCA